UAAUCUGUGUCCUGCUGUCCCUGCUGUCCCCUUUGCCGUCCAGCUGAGGCAUGGCGUCCCCUUCCGUCUCUUCUCCCCUGUUCCUGCUCCGUUAUCCUUCUCUCCUUUCCCGUCCUCUCUUUUUCUAUUGAGACUUUUGAAAGACAGAGAAGAAGCGAAUAGGGGGUUGGCGAGGAAGGCGAGAGAGAAAGAGAGAUGGCGAUCCUGUACGCUUUGGUGGCGCGGGGCUCGGUGGUGCUGGCGGAGUUCAGCGCGACGCCGACGAACGCCAGCGCGAUCGCUCGCCAGAUCCUGGAGAAGAUCCCGGGCACCAACGACAGCCACGUCUCCUACUCCCAGGACCGCUACGUCUUCCACGUCAAGCGUACCGAUGGGAUCACCGUCCUCUGCAUGGCCGAUGACACCGCCGGCAGAAGAAUUCCUUUUGCAUUUCUUGAGGAUAUUCAUGGAAGAUUUGUGAAGACAUAUGGUCGCGCUUGUCACACGGCUCUUGCUUAUGCAAUGAAUGAUGAAUUUUCAAGGAUCUUGAGUCAACAGAUGGACCAUUACUCAAAUGACCCUAAUACAGAUAGGAUAAACCGUAUCAGAGGUGAAAUGAGUCAGGUGCGCAAUGUCAUGAUAGAGAAUAUAGACAAGGUACUUGAAAGAGGAGAUCGGCUGGAAUUGCUGGUUGAUAGAACUGCAAAUAUGCAAGGAAACACAAUUCGCUUCAGAAAACAAGCUCGCCGUUUCAGGAACACUGUGUGGUGGCGGAAUGUUAAGCUCACGGUUGCAUUGAUUCUCCUCCUUUUAGUCAUAAUUUAUGUUGUACUUGCUUUUGUGUGCCACGGGAUCACUCUGCCCUCUUGUAUCCGGUAAUGAUGGUUACAGGUAGUAGUUAUCAUGUUUCUUUUGUGUUUUGGUUGUCAUUUAUUUUCCCAAUGUGAAUAAGCUUGCACAUUAUUGGUUUGGGCUGACCGACCAUGUUCGGAGUGUCGCUUGCAGCAUGUUUGUUGUGCCUCUGGUGUGGAGACUUGUGUUCCAAGAUGUAAUAUUGUACUAUAAAAUCUGAUGUCUGAUUUUAUAGCAUUGUUGAAUAUAAGGAACUCUUGAUGAAAUAUUUCCUGCA